UGCUUUGUUAGACUGUAGACAAGCUAUGGUGUACUCAACUGGUGUAUAUAUAUACUGUGUUAUUAAUGUCAUUUCAUGGGAUCAGCAGCUGCAACAUGUAAGUGAUGUACACAUAGUCCAGUAUUUAUUACAUUCAUAAUGUUGAAAUGGGCCGUUCUGCAUAAUGAGUACUUUUACUUUUAAGUAUAUUUUUAAUGCUUAAUACGUGCAGUUCACCUCAGAUACCGGAAGGGGGCGCGGAGCAGCACGUCCAGGUGACCGUGACGUCACCAGGGCUCUUUCGGUGCCGCUGUGAGCUCGUGCCACUCCGGAGAGCUCCUCAGUGCUGCUGGAUGAGAACAGGAGCGGAUGUGACCGCCGGGACGACCGUAAUCCGUUAACCAUGGACGUGUUUAUUGCUUGUGGAUGAUGUUUUCUUGCUGCACAUUUGAAAGCACCGUCUGAUCCCAUCGGCCUCUGAGGACGAGGACCAAAUGCCACUCGACUGAAAAAAUAAAGGAUUAAAUCAGGAAUCUGUCACCUCACCUAAGUAGGUGUGAAUUGCCGGCUGCAAUCAUGGGGAACCAGCUGACUGAUAUCGCUCCCAACACGUCCUUCCUGCCAAACUUCCAGUCUCUGCACGUGGUGGUCAUCGGGCUCGACUCGGCCGGCAAAACCUCCCUGCUCUACAGGCUCAAGCUGAAGGAGUUUGUGAAGACGAUCCCCACCAAGGGCUUCAACACGGAGAAGAUCAAGGUGGCCGUGGGCCCGUCCAGGACCAUAAACUUCCAGGUGUGGGAUGUGGGCGGCCAGGAGAAGCUGCGCCCCCUGUGGAAGUCUUACACCCGGCGGACGGACGGGAUGGUGUUCGUGGUGGACUCCACUGAGCUGGAGCGGAUGGAGGAGGCCAAAGUGGAGCUCCACAAGAUCACCCGCACCUCGGAGAACCAGGGGGUCCCGGUGCUCAUCCUGGCCAACAAGCAGGACCGGGACUCGGCCUCGCCCGUCGGCGAGGUGGAGAAGCUGCUCUCCGUCCACGAACUGAGCACGUGCACGCUGCAUCACGUGCAGAGCUGCAGCGCCGUGGACGGCCGGGGGCUGCAGCCGGGCCUGGAGAAACUUUACGAGAUGAUACUGAAGAGGAAGAAGAUGGUGAAGCACAACAGGAACAGAAGGAGGUGAACUCUUGGACUCGCACCGUGGAGAUUUAUCCACGGUUGAGACGCUUCCAAGCCUGAUGGCCCCUUUUUAACGGGAGAGCGAUUUGUGCCGACACAACAACAAUUACACGCGGCCGCAGGGUCAGGAGAAAUGGAUGUGCUCAUAAUAAUUGAAGCGGUUUUGACAUAUUCUUCGUCCUGCAGCUGCCCGUCAAACGUUUUAGAUUUAAAAGGGAACCUUGAGCAGUUAGUCUUCACUAAGUGCUUUUCUACACCUGUUUUAAAGAAUAACUAUAGCAAGAUAUCUGCCUGUUAUCUGUAGGACUAAUAUUACAUUCAUGUUUCAGUCCCUAUAAUAUACAACAUCCUUAUACUCCUUCACAAGCUUGCACAGAUUCUGUCCCACUAAAUUGCUGUUUUUGUUCCACAAAUGCUUCCCUGAAAUAUUUAUUCCACAUUUUUUUGUGUUUGUGUUGUUGUUUGAUGUGAAAGGAAACGGAGUUCGGUGGUGACGGAGCACCACGAGAUAUUCAAUGUCAUUGCCAUGGAACUGUAAUCCGAAGUGCAUUCCCUUUCGUGGCCACAGAGGUUAAGUUUCAGUUACUAUAUUAAUAAUGUUUAUACAAAUUGUACAUUUUUGUAACACUGAAGACCUAAUAAAUCUACGCACUGUACAGAACAUUCAUUGCUUUCGUUGUAGUUAAUGGAAGUGAAUGGAACCCUUUGAUGGUUUUGGUUGGAGCCCGAGAACUUUAUAUAUUAAAUAUUGAGCCAAAUUAUUAAAUAUUUCCAGGAAAGAUUUGGGCUUAUAAAUAUAGGCUCUAAUCAAUAUUUUUAUAUUAACACGGUUUUGAAAGAUUGUGCAUGAUGUUUCCUCAGUUCCUCUACGGAGCAUUUUAGCAUUUUUUUGGCCGCAAAUUUGACUUUACUCACCGCUCUGACUUCGUAUCGACUGCAGCAUUCAGCUGUUUUAUGUGAAAAAGCAACACUGUGUCCAGCACCAAACUACAGACGGGCAAAGUGAUCACCUAUCUGGGGAACAUAGCGGAGCGUUUAGCAGCUAAAGAGACAGAUAUUUCCCUCAGGAGUUGGUGGAGACCAAAAACAGAGCUACAAAGAGUGAAUUUCGGACUUAUAUUUGCCAGGUGGACACAAACAUAAAUCCAAAUGAAUGAUAAUGUGGUUCUGUGUCUGUUCAAUGUGUUAAUAGGCAACUCUUUACAAACAAGUUCACCAUAUUUCGGCAGGUCUUAUUAUUUUAGUUUUUGUUUCCGCCUCCCCCAAGUGGCCAAAAUACAGUUCUUGUGUUCUUUCAUUUCUGCACAAUCUGAAACAGACAUUUGUUGGAUUAUAAAAUGACUGUUUAAUGACCCAAGAUAGACACAAUCUAAUAGAAAAUGUGUCCUGAAAUUGCUGUUUUUCUAAUAAACAAGUGCAUAUAUACACUAUAAAUACAUAUUAUGCAGCUACAUUGAAGUGAAGGAUUCCUGGUGCAAACAAACGCAACACGAUCUCCCAGAAACCUUUGAAGACCUUUCCGUCACAAACACGUCUCUAUAGAAACACACGUCGUGGCUGUUUGUUUUUGCAUUUACAAUUCAAGGUCAUCAGAACACCAGAUUUCUGACGUGUCAUGUAACAGUUUAUUGUUGCUGCGUCAUUUCAAGAGCAGCAGAAACCACUAAACCUACUAGUGGCGAUUCUGAAGGCCUUAAAGGGUUUAACAACCCACUCCUUUUUCCACAAAUCUCUUAAGUUGCUACUUAAAUGUGAUAUUGUGCAACAAAUUCAAGGUUCAAUCUGCAGGUCACACAUUGCUGACCUGCAUACCGUAAAUGUGUGUGUGUGUGUGUGUGUGUGCGCUCCUGCUGCAUAGUCAUCUUGCUCUACAUGAUGAGAUAACGACUUGUUACCUUUUCAAAAGUCUCCUGCUGAGUGUUCUUUAAUGGUGAAUGUCAAAACAGACAUAAAUGUAUGCGCAUGUAAUAUGAAAAGACACCUACACACACACACACACACACCAUCUUGACUUGUGCGACCUCACCGUCCCCAUUAUCAACAUCGCUGAGCUCAUUAAAACUUUCAAGGGUGUCUUUUGCAGAAUCAUCUUGACACAGCAGCUGGUCCCUGAAUAAAUUAGCAUCACGAUGGCGGUGCUUUCAACAGCUGAGACACACUGUGGUCAUGCGGAGGCAUCACUCCGCCAACGAAAGAAAAACACUGU